AUGAAUCGAUACUUCAGCCCUCCGCACUCAUACGAUGGGGCUCAAUCUGAUGAAGAAGCUCGUCGAAAAUCCCCCUCGCAGACACCUACGAUUGUCUGCAGCAAGCGAAUCAUGCGGGUCGGCAAUAUCAACGAACAGAUCUGUGAGGUGAUUGAAAACGCCGGUAUCGACAGAGCCGACAUGUAUGUCCGGUUCUACAUGAUAGGCAAAUCAGAAGCAAUGGCCAAGCCGACAGUUUUAAUCUGCUGCAUCAACAAACGAACAAGGUUAACCGCCACGGCGGCAGUUGUGGCAAGCCUAGCCCUACGAACCACUCCCAAGAUCGGCCUCAGACACGCGGCUCUGCCUCUGGAACAACCAAUACCUGCCCGAAACCUGGCAUCAGACUCUUCAGAUAACUUUCAGAUGACCGGGGCAAGCCUCGGCUCAUGGAACAAUGACAUUUUCGCCGAAAGCCUUGCACCGGUGGUCGGCCGAGCUUUGUUCAGGUCCAACGAGCUAGACCAGCUGUCGCCUUGGUCAACAGCAGGAAUUCUGCUUCGAAAAGGAAAAGACUUCUGUCAGUUGACGGUCGAGCACACACCAGUCACAUUUCCGGAAGACGACUUUGAGGAUACAGAAGUGGAUCUUAGCGCAGUGUCAGCCGUCAAUCUUUACGACUCUGACGAUGACGGCGACGACAACAACGAAACAGAUGAUGCUGAUGUCUCUGAGAUUGACCAAGAAGCUCUCAGUCACGCCAGCAAGACCCCCCCAUUGAGUCCUUCGUGUGCAUCAGUGACCUCGAAUACCAGUUUCGACGAAGUCAGAGGCUCCUCUGAUUCUCAAUCGGGAUUUACUGGCAACACUGAGAGCAGCUUGCCCGACAUCUACGCUCACUGGGGUGCUCUCACCGCCCAAAGUAGGCUCGAAUGCUUGCUCACAAUCGAAUCGAUACCUACGCGAAGAAACCUGGUCAAGAUCGGUGACAUCGACACCAAAGCAAGCGAUGGUUGUCGUCCGGGGCUGGACUACUCGUUGAUUUCCAUGGCCAACCCACUUUCGGAUCCACGAUACGGCGAAUCGCUCGAAAAUGACAAAGGAGAUUAUCACAAUCUACGAAAGUCAAGCCGCAGACCUGACGGGUUGAAGAGAGAGAGGCGCGUCAUCGUUUUCCUGCGCCGUGGCGUCACUCGUGGCGUCAUCUUCGCUGGCACAACCAUGUUCAAGAGAAAGGACAUCGAAGUUUUUCAGCGCCUAUACAUGCUCCGGCUGGAUGGAGUGGUCCACGAAGGGGACUGCGGCGCAGCUGUUGUCGAUCGAGAUACCGGAAGGAUCUAUGGUCAUAUCGUCAGAGGCUGUCCAAACACCGGCAUGAUAUACGCAAUGCCGUUAUAUGACGUCUCUCAAGAUCUCCAAAGUAGAGGAUUAUCUCUCAGUCUCUGUCCGUUACCUGAUCAUAUCUCCCAGAGCCAGCUCGUCUCUCGCAAAUUGCUCACAAAAUCCAUGUUUGGAUCCGGACCAAGUCUCCGACUAAUUUUAUGGUUAUGGAUUCUCUGCUCCAUCAGCAAUUUAUGCAUGAUUUGGGGCAUAGACAUGCUAGUUGGGAGCUUCGUGCCGGUCUACACGUUAGCCGGCCUCUACACCUGCACUUUGCUAAUCUUCAACUUAUGGGAACCUUUUUCUAGUGGUCCCGCCAACCCCAAUGCAAAGUUCAUGUUCGGGAGAUAUGAUUUAGGCAAGAAAUUGAUCAAUUGGGCUUAUGAUUGCCCAGUGGAUGACAGAAGUUGUCUUGAUGAAGAUAGUGAGGAGGGCGAAAACGAUAUAGAAGAUGACGAUGUUGAUGAGGAGGAACAGAGUGAUGAAGAGGGGGGCAGUGUUGAAGAAGAAGAGAGUGACAAGAAGCACCAGGGUAGAAGCUUCAGGGGUGACGAGUUUUGGACCAAACUUCUCGAGCAAAAUAAGAGAAGGAUGAACUCUGCUGGUCUGCUGAGGAGGUUUUGUUCCGGAAUAAAGCUUGUCGCUUUCAAAGCGAGAGAAUCUAUUCCUCCAAAAGCUGCGGUCAGCCUGGACGACAGAAGCUACAACAACGGCGAGGUUCAAACGCGCGAAGUAACUUUCACUGCAGAAGGACUUUUCGAUGAGCUACGGAAGGAGAACUCGGAGACAUUCAGAGCCCCCCCCAAGAGCUCCGAGAAACAUAGACGGCUUGUAUCUACCUACGGUCUGGACUACUGGACAGCGAUUUCCCUUGUCCACAACUGUCCUGGGGUUGAGGCCAGUGCACUAGUUGAAGGUAUAAUCAGACACAUCUACUGGAACGCUUCACUCAAUUCAUCUUUUCUCUCGAGCCUUUCGCAUUCAAGCGUUUCGCAACCGUUUGUACUGGAAUGUCACCUGCCUUACUUUGUCUGGAAAUCGAUACAAGCAACUGAUCCGCGACGAAACUUAAAAGGCACUGUUUUGAGAAAAGUCAGAGAUGUCUCGUUCGUUGGAAAGCUUGCUUCACGAAACUGCCCUCUUGGACAGGAUUUUCUUCAUCAAGCUCACACUUCCUUCAUCGUUUGCGUCUACAACAGGAACCACUGGACAGCAUACGCAUUUGAAGAUGUUUACUACCAAGACGAAUCUUUGAUCGCAACUUCCAACGGGGAACCGGCAGGCUCUGAUGGUCUUGCAAGCCUCGACAGAUCUCAAAAUGGAUCAACGACCAUUUGGGACCCUGAAGAGUUCUACUUCAAAGCCGCAUCAGAUCGCUUGGCGCAGAUUGUAAAGGAAUGGCGCAGGGUCUCUGAUCAUCUUAAUGAAAGAAUCUGCAGACAGUUUCUGCUUCCCUCGAGACAUUGGGGCGAUUCUGAGUCGGCAACUGCUGCACCUAUCAAAUGGUAUCGUGAUAUGGAUGAUUUGCUUCGCAAUUUAGAGCGUACUCUGGAUCAUACGAUGGAUGCAAUAGCAGCCGUUUUGGUCAAGAGACAUCACUAUUUCGACGCGUCAGGCAUUUCACGCAUCAGCGCCGAUCUCAUCCAGGAUAUUGAAUCUCUGAGUUAUGACUUAAAAGGCAUUCAGGAUACUUUCAGGCGGCUAAGAAACCUAGUUGUGUCCACGGAAUUGGCUGCUGUUGUACAUGAGAACCCUACUUCAGUUGUAAAUCAUACACCUGGAAUCGGAUUGAAAAUUCUUGCAAGUUUCUGA